AUGCCCCCCAAAAGCAACCACUACUCAACAGUAUCGCACUCGGAUACAUAUGAUGAUUCCACUACUGAAGUCGACGAGUCACUCAUGGGCGAUGAGAAGCAAUGGCACUCAAUAGACCUGAACGUGAAAGGGAACCAGGGAGGAAGCACUUGGAAAGAGGUCAAAAUUUUCUUGCGGAGAUAUCGCUGGCUUAUCGACACACUUCUCCUCCUCACGAAUAUUGGUCUCUCGCUAGGACUGUCGUUAUUGUUGUACUAUCAGUUUGAAGACGCCAAGUUCCCGUCGCGAAUGACACAAAUUGGCGGCGAUUACACAGGCGCUGGCCCGCAAUUCCCGAUCGAGAUCAAGAAAUUUGAUGCCGACCAUGCCGUGGUGCCUCCCAACGCAACAGAAUUUCUUUCCGAAGCUACGCUGAACCAAUGGCGAUCGCUUUUGCCUGCUGGUGCCGGUUGGAAAUCCGAGGAUGAUGGCCCUUUCUUCACCACUACCAUGACCCAUCAAUUGCAUUGCAUCUUCAUGAUGGGACGCAUCUACUCUGGAAUGGUCACCAACAAGACUGACAUGUCUAGAACCGAGGCUGAUAUCCAUUUCUAUCACUGCAUUGACUAUCUGAGACAAGCAACCAUGUGCUUAGCGGAUCUGGCACUUGAACCACAUCUGAUUACGGACGCGGAUGACAACGGGCCUGGAGAUGGUAGUUGGAACGGCAUGCAUGUCUGCAAGAAUCACGAUCAAGUGAUCAAAUACGUAGAUCGGCAAAUCAAGGAAGGAUCAGUGCAGCUGCACACAUCGGCGCCAGCGGAUCGCGAGGACUGGCAACCAGAUUUGAGAUCUCUGAGCAAGCCAGCGAUAAUCGGAGGCUUUGAGGGACUAACACUCGUCAUGCAUCUACUAGGUCGCGUCUCACUCUGCCUUCUCCUCUCGGCCCACGGAACACAAUCCGAAAACCGUUUUCGAAGACCGCCUGGUCCGGGUCCCUCAGGUGACUUCCGAGAUAACCCUGUUUACCCGUUGGGAACCCAACUUGAUCUACAAUGGGAAACGGACUUUACGGCAAUCGACUUAAUCAUCUGGCAUGAAGCGACGUAUCCGAAGAGUGAAGCAACGUAUGCUUCAAUUAUCUCAAACACGCGUGCGCUGGGCAUGCUCUGGACGGUCAGCUUUACUGGCUUCCCUUCGCACCAUGAUCCGACUUUGAGCCCGGUGUACUUCAUUCAGAUGUUCAACCACAGUGCUUCAGUGGGAGACAUCACUUGCCACUAUUUCAACAUUACCAACUCCGUAGCAUCCACCUCGGCGACAACAUCGACAUCCCCUACGUCGACAGCUUCGACUUUGACGGCAGUUGCUACACUGGUUGAAGCAUCCCCAACCGCGUCACCUGGCUCUAUUGGAAUGAAUAACGGCGCAUCUACCGGUGUAGUCGCUGGCAUUACAGUGGGCGUCGUUUUGGGAACGCUGGCUAUCAUGGGCCUAGUGGGUUGGGUUAUCUGGAGGCACUUGCGGAAGAAGAAACAGGGUCAUGGGAGCGGUGAUGCCGGGGCAAGCGACGUGGGGAACUUUUCUGCUGUUCAAGAAAUCGGGCCCUCUCCUCCUCUUCGUUGGAAGUACGAGCUUCCUAUGAAUGCUCAGCAACAUCGUUAUGAAGCUGAUGGAACAGAAGUUGUGAGGUAUGAGAUGGCCAGCGAACUUGGUUCGACUGACAAUGAGAACAAAACUUUGAGGGUGAGGGGUGACGCAAUGUUGAGAGAGCCGUGA